AUGGGUCAACUUUAUGGUGCGACUCUUUUCCCAUUUGGCGCUAUCUGUGUUGUCUUCCUGUGGGAAUCUGGUGCCAGCUCUAUCAGGGCGACGCUUGCAGUCGACACCUCGAGAACGGAGUGUCCACAUGAUAAGAUCGAGACCGUGGAGUAUCCCUGUGUCAGAGCUGGGGGGAAGAACAGCACUUGUUUCAGGAGGAAAUGCUGUGACGGAUUCCGCUUUGUGAUGGGCCAGUGCAUACCUGAAAGUGUGGAUGUGUGUGCAGCGUCGCCCUGUGAGCAACAGUGCACCGAUAACUUUGGGCGAGUUGUCUGCACGUGUUACCCCGGCUAUCGCUUCGACCGAGAUAGGCACCGCAACCACAAGUCUCCUUACUGUCUGGACAUUGAUGAGUGCGAGCACCUGGGCAGCAGCACGUGUGACCACGAGUGUGUGAACACAGUGGGCAGCUUCCUGUGUCGCUGUCACAGCGGCUACAUCCUCGCACCGGACCAACGCUCCUGCAUCCCCGAACACAACUUGAGUUCAUCUGGGAAGUCAGACACCCUGAUGAGUGCUGGUACCUGCUCCUUCACCUGUGAGGAUUUUAUGAAUAUGAAAAACAGUCUGCUGCAGCUAAAACUAAGGCUGGGCAACACACCGUCACCCAACCAGGUCCCUGACCUGGACAACAGCAGUGACAAGCCAUCUCUGGGGAGGGACGGAAAAAGUCCAGAUACUCCUUGUCUUCCUGGUCUACCCGGUCCUCCAGGAGCUCCUGGGGUCCCAGGACACCCAGGAGAACCGGGAAAGAGAGGGGACCCCGGGGACAGGGGCCCGCCUGGUCCACGGGGAGACAUGGGACCCAUGGGUCCACAGCCUGACCUGAAGCAUGUGAAAAGAGGCCGCAGGGGGCCAGUGGGACCCCCCGGGGCAACAGGAAGAGAUGGACUGAAGGGUGACAGAGGAGCUCCGGGUCCCAUAGGUCCACCUGGACCGCCCGGCUCCUUCGACUUCCUCCUGCUGAUGAUGGCUGACAUCCGUAAUGACAUCGUUGAACUGCAGGAGAAGGUGUUCGGGGAGCGGCGGGGCAUCUCCCUCGACAGCCCUCCCCAUUCCAGCGGGGAAAUGGAUUUUGUGGAGUGGGGCUCUGGACAAGGAGAUCUCCUGCUCAGCACCUGA